GUAAAGCACUUCCUCCAAAGUCACCGUAGCCUGGAUGCCAGCCUUGUUAGAUUUACUCCCAAUACAUCUUACCUUGUCAGCGCAGACGAUAUCUAACAAGGUUGACAUCCAAACUAAACGUACCUACCAUGACAUCAUGAUGUCUCGUUUCAUAACCCGGAUACAUUCGUACCUGUGCUGGGCUUAUACGAAGGUUACCAGGCUGUCCAGGCCCGCAUUUUAUGGUCUUUUAUUACCAUCAACGUCCCAUGCGACGCAUGACGCCGGCGAAUAUAUAAAGGCCUUUGAAAAAUUACUCAGGCCGCAGCAAGUAAAUUUUAUGGAUGACAUCCUAUACUGAGUGCAAAAAUAAUGGGAUAGGGCGAAAAAAACAAGAUGGGUAAAAAAAAGAUGGCUAAAUUCUCAAAAUAGACACCAUAAACAUCGUAACAAGAUUUGAAGUGACAAAACGUGGCAUCAAUGCAUUCAUUCCUAUAUCAAAGAAGUGAACGUCUGGUGUAGUAAAAGUGAUACUAGUGUGGUACACUGGUAUCACUUGCCAAGCUGGCGACUACAUUCAUGGCUUCCAUAUUGGUGGCACUUUUACAACUAUCCGACAAGUUUCACUUCUGCAACUAUAGUCAUGGCUACCUCCCUAGUGUCACUUCUACAAGUAUGAUUAUUAGGCUGUAAUACAACAUGUUUGCUCAUUUUGGUCUAUUUGACCAUCCCCGAGGAGGAAGAAAAUUCUUGUUGUUUUUUUUCUGAAAUCAGGCGAAAACUAAUGAGCCUGCUGACGUCAUCCAUAAAAUUUACUUGCUGUGGCCUAAGACUUAAAAAAAAGCUUUUGAAAAUUGCGCGCGCGAAAUCUAGCCAAUGGCAAAACCGCAUGACAACGCAGGGGCCUCCGGUGGUGUGUAAACGUCUAGACAGAUUUGGUGGAUGCAAUGAACCUUGAAAACAUAACGAGAACAGCGAUCUGUUGCAAAUGUCUGUUGCAAAGUUCAGGGGGCGUUACCAGAAUUGCUACUUACACUUACCAAGGAUAUAACCUCCUUGCACUUACCUUAAAGGGUCUUGAACACACCGUUUUUGUUUGUUUUCUGUGUCAUACUAGACCGACAAGCGUAUACAAGAACUGAAAAUAAUGUAUACCAUUGUAUUGAUCAAAAUUCGAGAAUGAAAAUAAACAGAUCAUUGCCUUUGUUUGAAUUCAGCCUACAGCAGUCAAGCCAACUAUUUCAGUCAUGGUCAGCACAUUGGGAGCAAAACCUCAGGAGCGCUUUGAGAAGAAACGUUUCAAUUAAUUUUUUAGAAUACUAGAGGGAGAACAAUUCCAAGGGUGUGCACAUGGUAGUUGUCCCCAGAGUGCCUGAUGCCGUGAACUUUAUGGUGACAUUUCACAUCUAACCUUACAAUGGGACUCAAGUCUUUUGUUGGGUGACAUAAUUGGAGGUGGGUUUUACACCCGGGCGGCAUCAUCAACCUUUUCUUUGAUAUGAAAUGUGACACAAGCUGUUUGGUAAGUUUUUUGGGGGGCGUAUCCUUCUACUAUUCUUCGCCCAGCUACACCGUGAGCUUGUCCUGUCUCCAUUUCAUACAAGAAAAUGUCUGAAGACGCGAAGAAUAAAAUGGACGUAACGGUCAGAACCAAGACGGGGAGCCACUUUGGUUCGGGGACGAAUGGAAAUAUAUUUGUCCAGAUCCAAAGCAGCAAGCAGCACUCGUCUGGCGAACUUCAACUGGACGUGUGCUGGAAAAACGACUUCGAGAAAGGAGAAGAGGGCGAGUACAAGCUGAAGGAUGUUGAGGUAUGCUCUCCCGUCCGUGAGCUGAUGGUAAGGCGGGACGAGACCUGCCCAAAUGAUGACUGGUACUGCGAGUCUAUCUCCGUCGAGCUUCAGCCGAACUCCAACGGCCCAACCUUCUACUUCCCCGUGGACCGUUGGCUGAAUGCAGGUCAAUCCUUAUGGCUGGCACCUGGAGGAGUUGCGCUUCCUCAAAAGGACCGCCACAGAGAUCAAAGGGAGAAGGAGCUCAAUGACAUGAGAGAGCGCUACGCAUCUUUCUACCCCGUGGAAGGUCUUCUGCCCGUGCUUAGGAAACUGCCUCCAGAAGAGCGUUUUUUGAAAGAGCAACGGAGGAACAUGCUUUCGACUGGAAUGGUGCUUCUUAUGAAAGACAUUCCUAUAAUGAUCGAAGACGGGCGAUGGGAAUCAUAUGACAGCAUAAACGAAGCCUUUCCGCCUAAACGUGUGCCGAAGGGCAAAACUAACUGGAAGACCGACGAGAACUUCGGUUCGCAGCGUCUGACAGGAGUCAACCCGACAUCCAUCCAUUUGUGCACGGACUCGAAGGAUGAUGAUGCUCCUGGCAAAAAAAUUCCGAAGGGGUUCGGUGUGACGGCUGAUCUGAUUGAGCCUUUUCUGGAGGGGCUGAAGCUGAAGGACGCCAUCAAGAAGAAGCGCCUGUACAUCGUAGAUCACUCCAUCAUGAAGAUCACCUCGUUUGGCAACAAAACAGCCCCAAGGCCCAUGUGCGCACCAUAUGCCAUGUUCUUCGUCAACAGCCAGAAGAACCUCGUACCUGUGGCCAUUCAGCUGUACCCUAAUGAUGAUAAAGAGGGACAUCCGGUGUUCGUGCCGAGUGAUCCGCCCAACACGUGGCUCAUGGCGAAGAUGUGGUUCAACUGCGCAGAUGCAAGCUAUCAUGAGGCAGUGCCUCACUUGGGGUUUACCCAUCUCCUUAUUGAGGCCUGCGCCCUCGCGGCAAGGCAAAACCUGGCCCCAUCUCAUCCGAUUCUUCGACUCCUGGAACCGCAUUUCAUCUACAUGAUGGCCAUCAACGAUUUGGCCCUAAAAACGUUGAUCAACCCUGGCGGUGGUUUGGACAAAGCCACACAGAUUGGAGUUGACGGAAGCUACAGCAUCAUCAGGGAAAGGCUGGAGACUUGGCGACUUGAUGUGGAUGGUACGUUGCCAGAGGACCUGAAAAACCGUGGCGUUGACAACGAGGAAGACCUUCCAAAGUACUACUACCGCGACGAUGCUCUGCCUACCUAUCAUGCCAUCCGCAACUAUGUCACCGCUGUUGUGAAGUUCUUUUACAUAGAUGAUAACUCCACGAACCUGAAAGAGGAUUCCGAAGUUCAGGCAUGGGCGAAGGCUCUUGUUGACAGUGGCAUCAAGGGAGUUCCAGGGGAUGGACAAUUCUCUACUGUUGAUCAGCUGAUCCAGACGGUCACCUCCAUCAUCUUCACCGCAAGCGUGCAGCACGCAGCCGUCAACUUCAUGCAGUGGGACCAGUACGGCUUCGUGCCCAACAUGCCGCUCGUACUGGAAGGAAAUCCUCCCAAAACCAAGGCGGCUCUGACGGAACAGGAUGUUCUGGACGCCCUCCCCGGGAAGACUCAGACUGUUAACAUCAACCUGCUGACCGACGUGCUCAGCGAGCGCGCCACGCAGCCUCUUGGGCACUUCGAGGUCAAGUACCUUCAAGGUGACAAGGCGGAAAGAGUCGUCAAUAAAUUCCAGCAAGCCUUGGCAAACAUCGCAAGUGACAUCGAGUAUGAAAACUCUGCAUAUCGCUACCGGCCGUAUGACUACUUGGAUCCCCGUAGGAUCCCAAACGCCAUCAGCAUCUAGCUGCUCAGUUUCCAACAACAGUUUGAAACAUGGCGUAAAAGGCUAAAAAAUCUACAUGCAUGUAGGUGUUGUAAGCAAGCCAAAGGGCGCCAAAUAUAUAAUCCUAGCAAAACCAAUCUACUUAAGAGCAAGGGUGAUAAACGUAGUGUACCAUCAACCUAACAUUGUGUCAUUUCACUGGACGACAAUGUUUAAUAUGUCCAUUAGACACCCAUGGAAUAACACUGCAGUUUGGUAACUAUAUCAUUUACGACAAUCUUUUACUUACAGUGAGGCUGCGUAGUUUGCAAUAAAGGGUGUUUUAUAAUUGGUAAUAUUUUGCAUACGAACUGGUGGAUAUUAUCUUUCAAAUAGUUGAAAUUGGGAUGUUCAUGAUAUUGAAUAGAGAGUAGGUGUAUUUGUAACCAUAGCAAAUGAUGAUACUAUUGUCACGAACAACUACCAUCUUUUGAGAGUGCAAUUUGCAACAUUAAAAGAGUAAUUUGAAUCUGCAUUAAGGGUGUACUUGUGGGUAACAUUAGCACAAUGGCAUAAGCUAUUAGGCUGUGGAGUAUCAUGAUAACUACCCAAGGCAGAUAUAAAGAACUGUCAUAUUUCAAUAAUUAGUUGGGCUCUAAGACAUAAGGGCAGGUAGAUUAUGUGGGAGCACCAGUGCAUGUAGUUGAUGAAUCUAUUCAAUUGUUGUUUUCGUGUUAUUUAGGGAAAAACAAUAUUUACACCACAGUUACACGUCUACCAUGUCAACAAUGCGAUAUCAAUAUUCAUUUAUGUAUACCGGCUUGCAGGUGGCAAAUAAACGUGUGUGCGGUAUCAUA